UUUACUCAUUCAAAUUUCUGGAGAAGCAAAAACAUUUUCGAAGUUCCCUCCUUGGGCACAUUCCCUCCUUAUAAUUACCUCCUAUAUCCACUCCCUGUCCAUUGCUUAUUGCUUCAAUUUUUUUCUCGCCAAUAUUUUCUCGAGAAACAAACAUUCUCUCAAAUUGCAAUCUACGAAAUGGCUCGUACGAAGCAAACCGCUAGGAAGUCUACCGGAGGCAAGGCUCCGCGUAAGCAGCUGGCCACCAAGGCGGCUCGCAAGUCAGCUCCGGCGACAGGAGGAGUCAAGAAGCCUCACCGUUUCAGGCCAGGAACUGUAGCUUUGAGGGAGAUCAGAAAGUACCAGAAGAGCACGGAGCUUCUGAUCCGCAAGCUUCCAUUCCAGAGGCUGGUGAGAGAAAUUGCUCAGGAUUUCAAGACCGAUUUGAGGUUUCAAAGCAGCGCAGUUGCCGCUCUUCAAGAAGCUGCGGAGGCUUAUCUUGUCGGUCUCUUUGAGGACACUAAUCUUUGCGCAAUUCACGCCAAGAGAGUCACCAUUAUGCCUAAAGAUAUCCAGCUUGCCAGGAGAAUUAGAGGCGAGAGGGCUUAGAAUUAUUGGUUUCUGUAGCCGAGGUGAAAUGUUAUGUGCUAGUUUUAGUAUAAGUAAUUACCUUUCAUGUAACACUAAGUUCGAUUUUAGGUUAAUCUCUCUUUUGAAAUAUGUUGCCUAAGAUCUACGUCUGUCGUUCAUUAGAAAUUGUGUAUAUGUAUGUGCUGUGACGCUGAAUCUUGAAUUGUCUCAUUUUCAAUUGAUAUGAAGAUUGAUUCUGUUGAA